AUGGAAAGAGAUUUGUCUGAUUUGUACGAGAAAUUGAGGCUUACAGUGGAUGAACAACAAGAGGUGGAAGUUGGAAAGGAGGAAGUUCUCUUAUCUGUAGAGAAAAGCAAGAAAUGCAUAGCUUUUUGUGUGAUCUCAGAUCGCGAGGCGAAUAAGGGUGCCUUGAAGAGCACAAUGGUGAAAGUUUGGCAAGUGGAAGGGAAAGCAGUCAUCAAAGACGUGGGAUUCAAUAAAUUCAUGAUUGAACUGAAGAGGAUAGAAGAUAAGGAGAGGAUAAUGAUGGGCAGACCAUGGUCAUUCGACAAACAAUUACUAUGUUUACAAGACUAUGAAAAUGUUGUGUCAAUUAAAGAAGUUCCGUUUAAAGAAGAAGCCUUCUGGAUUCAAUGCCAUGAAAUACCUUUUGCCGGGAUGAACAAGAAAACGGGAAACGACAUUGGCUCGCGUUUGGGAAAGGUAAUCAACGUCGAUACGGAUUUCAGUGGGAUCUGUCUGGGUGAGUUCCUGCGGAUUAAGUGUGAAAAGAAGGAACAAGGCUCAGCUACCGGUGAUGGAUUGGAGCAGCAAUAUGGUGCGUGGCUACGGGCAAGUGGAAAGAGAUCAGAUACGAAUAGCAUACUAGCAGGGAGAGCCCAUGUUCAGGUGAACAAACCGGAGCUCAAUCUCAGGGAAACUCCGACCAUACUGGGAGAAAAUCAGAACAGAAAGGAAAAAAAUCUGCAAUUGGCGGAAAACCUGGAAUUAGCUAUGGUCUCAAUGCCAAAUUUCACGGAGAAUAUCCCGGGAUUUCAGGCAAGUGAAAUGACACAGAAUCAGGUGCAGAUCUCGACGAUUUCAGCGGGGAGAGAAGUGGAAAUUGGCCCCAUAAUUAAGGAAAAUAUUGGAGGAAUGACAGAAUCAGGGCCAAGUGAGUUUUCUGCCUUAUCCCCACAAAAGCCCAAUCAAAACCAGGCCCAGCUUGAAAACCAUCUGAACCCACAGACUUUGAUUUCCAAAAAGGGCUCGGCCAGUGGUAAAACCUGGAGAAAAAGAGCUAGAGAAGGCCCAACUUCAACAUCUUCUAAAGCUGCUAGUUCUGAAGGAUAUAAAGAGGAUAAUAAAACCCAAAAAAAGAAGGAAACGGGGGACUCAGAGGAAACUCAGUUGAAAAGGAGGAGAAGUUCGAACGAUGAAGAUACAGAUUCGUCUAUGGCAGAGGCUGCGGAGCAGCCCUGCCUUUUACCAUGA